AUGACAUCAAAUUGGCAGCCCUCGCAAGAAGGGCUCACCGAGCUCGUACAGCUCUUUCGCGACUCCCAGAGCCCACAGAUGGAUGUGCAGGAAAGAAUUGCCCAGCGCCUCGACACAGUCAGCCAGAUUCCAGAUUACGCCAAUUACUGCGUCUUUGCCCUGACGUCUCUGACCACCGAAGACCUCGCAACAAGAUCCGUCGCAGGUCUCAUCCUCAAGAACCACAUUCUCUUCCACAAUGACCUCAUCUCUCCCGAGUCGUUCGAGUAUGUCAAGCAAGCCAUCAUCCCCGCGCUCAGCUUGCCAGAAGACAUGCUCCGUCGCACUGCCACUCAGGUCGUCUCGAUGCUCAUGACCAUCCUCACACCACAAGGAUGGCCAGAAGGUCUCUCCAAGCUCGGCGAGCUCAUGGGAUCGCAGAACACCGACGAGGCAGAAGGCGCCUUCAGCUCGUUAGCCAAGAUCUGCGAAGACAUCCCGCGCGAGCUCGAGAUGUGCGAGAUCAACGGCGUCAAGCCCAUCGACAUCCUCAUCCCCAAGUUCAUCGAAGCCACUCAGCAUAACGACUCGCGCAUCCGCAUGCACGCCCUCAACUGCCUCAACCAGUUCGUGCAGAUCGGCUCGGCGGCCUUGCAAAACCACAUCGACACCUUCCUUGCCGCUCUGUUCAAGCGCGCCAGCGAUGAAAGCGCAAACGUGCGCAGAUACGUCUGCCAAGCGCUCGUGCUCAUCCUCGGCGUCCGACCCGACAAGCUCAUUCCUGAAAUGGACAAUGUCGUAGAAUACAUGCUCUACUCAACACAGGACAAGGACGACGACGUCUCGCUGGAAGCUUGCGAAUUCUGGCUUCAGUUCGCGGAAGAGCCGACCCUCAAGGACAAGCUGCGCCCCUACCUUUCCAAGAUUGCGCCGGUACUGCUCAAAGGAAUGGUCUACAACGAGCUGGACUUGCUCAUGCUCGGCGGAGACGAGGAUGACGCAGCGGUACCAGAUCGCGCUGAGGACAUCAAGCCGCGACACUACGGAGGUGGCGCGCAUAAGAACGAGCACCUCGACGAUGCUGCCAACGGAGGUGCGUCCGGCACUGGCAAGUCACGAGCCGCCAUCGAAGCGCAGGACGACGACGACGAGGAUGACUUUGACGAUGAGGAUGAUGACGAGGAGGACGACGAUGGCAUCUCAGAUUGGAACCUGCGCAAAUGCUCGGCGGCUGCACUCGACGUCAUGGCGGUCAACUUUGGCGACGAACUUCUGGAGAUUUUGCUGCCAUAUCUCAAGGAGCGCCUCUUCAGCGAGGACUGGCUGCAACGUGAAUGUGGCAUCCUCGCCCUCGGUGCUAUCGCAGAAGGCUGCAUUGGGGGCAUCCAGCCCCACUUGCCAACUCUGGUGCCCUUCCUCAUCAACAGCCUCAAGGACUCGAAACCGCUGGUGCGCUCCAUCACAUGCUGGACACUGGGUCGAUACUCGAGCUGGUGCGUCGCCGCUGAGACUCCAGAACACCAACAGCAGUUCUUCGUCCCAGCCAUGGAAGGCCUGCUCAACAUGGUGCUCGACAACAACAAGCGCGUGCAAGAAGCAGGCUGCAGUGCCUUUGCCACACUCGAGGAAGAAGCCGGUCGCAACCUCGAGCCGUUCCUCGAGCCCGUGCUGAAAACCCUCGUCUUCGCCUUUGACAAGUAUCAACAAAAGAACCUGCUCAUCCUCUAUGAUGCGCUAGGAACUCUUGCCGAUUCGGUAGGCUCAGCACUGAACCGACCCGAAUACGUCGAGAUCGUGAUGCCGCCAUUGAUCGCCAAAUGGCAGGGUCUGCACGACACGGAUCCGGAUCUGAUUCCCCUGCUGGAAUGCAUGUCGUCGGUGACAAUCGCAGUGGGACCCGGAUUCUUGCCAUACUCGCCACCAGUGUUCCAACGCUGCGUCGGCAUUGUCCACGACAAUCUCAUGGCAGCAGAGGCCGAGGCGCAAAAGGCCGCCGUGGACCAGGAUGUGCCCGAUCGCACGUUCAUCAUUGUCGCAUUGGAUCUGCUCAGCGGAUUGACGCAGGGUCUCAACACGACGGUGCGCGAUCUGGUGGCAGGUGCGCAACCAUCGCUGCUGCCCCUGCUGGGCCAUUGUAUCACCAACGUCGAGGCGCCGGUUCGUCAAUCGGCGUACGCACUGCUGGGUGAUCUGGCGAUAUCGUGCUUUGACCUGCUCAAGCCAUUCCUGCCAUCGAUCAUGCCAGAGCUCAUCCGCCAAAUCGAGCCCGAGCCGAAGAUGGAGAACGUCUCGGUGUGCAACAAUGCAGCAUGGGCAGCAGGCGAGAUCGCGCUGCAGUACGGUGCGGACCCCGAACUGACGCAGUGGGUUGACGAGCUGAUCAAGCGCCUCGUGCCCGUGCUUCUUUCGACAAAGUCGGUCAAGUCGCUUUCGGAGAAUGCAGCGGUGACGAUCGGCCGACUGGGUCUGGUGCAACCGCAGCUGGUGGCGCCGCAUCUGGAGGUAUUCAUCGAGUCGUGGUGCCAAGCGCUGUGGGACAUCAAGGACAACGACGAGAAGGAUUCGGCCUUCCGCGGACUCUGCGAGAUGAUCCAGGUCAAUCCGAACGGUGCGGCCAAGGGCUUUGUCUACUUCUGCAAUGCGGUGGUGAGGUGGUCGACACCGAGUGCCGAGCUGAACGAGAUGUUCAGGAAGAUCUUGACAGGAUUCAGGGACAUGAGCGGACCGCAGUGGGAGGUGCAAAAGGCGCAGUUCCCGCCCGUCAUCGUGCAGAGGCUGGCCGAUCGAUACGGGCUGUGA